AUUCGCUGAACACGAGCGGAGGGAAAUUGAGUUGUUUAUAUGAGCAUGAAGAAAGCAACAAAGUGCAUUAAGUUAGGACGUGAUAUCGUUUUGUGUUAAAUGUAACUUUUAGGCAUUAGUACGUCUGAAGGAUGUUUUUUACUUAGUCAUUUUCAGUAACGCUAGCUGCUAAACGGUUACCGCUUUCACGUGCGUUUUUUUUUCUGGUCUUGCAUGUAGUAAGCCAGCUAACGUUAGCCGCCUAGCCAAGCGUGGCUAACUUACAACAAGUUUAGCCAGACUUAAAGAAAACUUCGCUCGUUAGUGCAAAGCUGAAAUUUAGCCAGAGGAAGCUGUUUAAGUUUCCAUUUUGGCCGUAACUAAAAGAGACGAGUGAAGGGUUUUGAAGCGGGAAUGUCAUCGCCUCCGUUAGGUCGCAGGAGUCAUGAAGGGUCAGCGAACGCAUCAGACAGCGACUCCGAGGACGAGCCCACGCUCCCCCUUAAUCAGUUCUAUCCAUACAUCCGCUGUGCCCUUUGCUGUGGGUUCCUAAUAGAUGCCACCACCAUCACAGAGUGUCUGCACACAUUUUGCAAAAGCUGCAUUGUGAAGCACUUCUUCUACAGCAACAAGUGUCCCACAUGCAGCAUUGUUGUCCAUCAGACACAACCUCUUUACAACAUCAGGCCCGACAGACAACUUCAGGAUAUAGUUUAUAAAAUGGUUCCCUUCUUGGAAGAGCUUGAAAGAGAACAAAUGUGCAACUUUUACAAAGAGAGAGGACUGGAUGUACCAAAACCAGUGAUCGUCUCCCCUCCAUGUCCUGCUGUUAUAAAGAGGCAGAAGAAGGACAACGUUCCUCAGUCUGUGUUCACCGUUCCUCCAGAGCUGGAUGUGUCUCUGCUCCUGGAAUUUGUUGGGGCUGAAGAGGGCAUCUGCAACUACAAGCCGUUGGAGAGGCGGUAUGUCCGCGUGUCAGGUGAGGCCACCGUUCGCCACGUGGAGCUGUUCAUCAGGAGGAAGAUGGAGCUGAGCCCAUCUUGCCAGGUAGAUGUGGUUUGUGGAGAUCACCUCCUAGAUCACUACCAGUCACUCAAAGAAGUACAGAACUUUGUGGGCGAAGAUGCACUACAGGAUGGUUUGUUGGUGCUACACUUUGGCUUGGUGCUGCCCUCCCAGUCUUAAAUAUGAGGCGUGGAUUUAGCCAUGAUCUGAACUGCUGAACUGACAUUUUGGUCUUUGUUUCUUUUUAUAAGACUCGUGUCUUCAUAAAGGUCUUGGAUAUUAGACUUUAAUGAAUUGUUGCUAGCUGAUUACAAAACAUAUAAAAUUCAAACCUGAACAUAGCCACAUUUGGCACCUGGCAAACUUUAAUGUAUUAUUUCUUUAUUGAGCAGACUGGAAUGAAAAUGAACUGUUUUGAUUGAACUUUUAACAAACAAGAUGAUUAUCUUUAGUUCAUAGUUACCACGAAUCUGCUGGACACAGAUGACAUCCAUCUGAAUUACGUGGUACCCACGUGUAUAACAUGAAUUUGACCUGAUAAAUGAAAAUGACACAUUUCUGUUCCUGCUAGGCUGUUGUUUGAAGAUUUGUUUAAAACUGUUUGCUACUGUUUCUGUAGCGAAAACUGGACUGAACCACUGUGAAUAGAUCUGAAACUCUUAAAGCUGCUAUAGCAAUAUAGGCAGCAUCUGUCUAGUUUACCCAACUUUUUGCAACCCAGGGAUUGUCUUUAAUGUUUUAUGUUGACUACAAAGCUGUGAUUUAAAGGGCUGCAAGAAAAGGACUGCCACUACCAAAGAUUUAUGUAUGUUAACGCUUGCUUCUUAGAGAUUGAUAGUUAUUUUAAGAGCUGUUGACUUCCUUCUGCUGUUAAUAGAAAAAACUGAUCAGCUGAAAAAUACUUUGAGUACAAAAGCAGUUAUUUAAAGGGAGUUUGUAUAAAGUCUUUGUUAUGGUUUGUCAAAAAAAAUGUUUGUACUUGCUUUUGUCAGGUUGAAUUAAUAAAAGCACAACUGAGAAAUAUUUCCUGAGUCAUCCUUGAUCUCUGUUUUUAGAGAUUUAGAAAGAUCUGAAUGGAUGGACUAAAGGGUGGGUAUGGUAUUUAAACAAAAAAAAAAAACAACAAAAACAUUUUAAAUUGUUCAGAUUUUAUAAUUUAGCGUAUUAAAUAGUUUCAUAUGCAAAAUCCAAAAGGAUUUUUCUCCUUCUGGGCUCAAAUCUGUGAAAUUGCUUGUCGUUAGGCAAACGUAUAAACCGUUACACUAUGGAGCCACUUGUCCAUAAACAGUACACCUAACCUAAAUGGUUCCUGUUGGGGCGGGAAAUGACACUAGUGUCAAUGUUCCACCAGUGACGCACAUGCUGCCACUACAUACUGUGCAAUAAAAGCCUGUAGCUCAGGGACGUCAAACUCAUUUUGCAUUUAAAGUGGACCGUUCCAGUUCAAGUCAGUCAUAUAUACAGUGGCAAAUCACAACUGUCGUCUCAAGGUCAAACUCCCCUCUUUGUCAGUGUAAAGAGGUUUAACUGCUCAUUUAGUCUCUGAAAUGUUUUAAUAUAAGAAAAGGGACGAUUUUAACCAUGCAUCUUGUUUUUAAAAAAAACAAAGCCGCUAUAGUAAAUGAAAGAAAUAUGCCAGCAUGACUUUUUGGGCUUUCACUGUAAGAAAUAAACGUGUAAAAUUGUAGAAUAGGUUCUGGUUGCCCAGAUCACCUUGUAAAAUCAUUCACAAAUAUUUUUUCUAUGGUAGGUAGUGAAAAAACAGGAACUUUCCAUCAUUUGAUUUUCUAUUACUUAACUAUUUUUCCAAAGCCAUGCAGUGAGCCAGAUUGGAGUCUUUUCCAAGCAAAGCC